AGCGAAGUCAGUUGUGGCAGUCAACUCGGGAAGGCGGCAGCGUGCAGCGAGUCUCCUUGUUAAGCAGGUUGGUGGGAUUUCCAAGUAUGGCGCCCUGAGAAGUGUUGCAUCCUUUCGAAAAAAAAAAACCAAAACAACCAUUUGGAAGGAAAGCGUUGCUCGUCGAGCGGCUUUCCUGCUCUCUUCCCCUGGGUGCUUGUUGCUCUUUGAACUGCUUGGGUUUCGGUUGCUGUCGGCGCCGUUUUCUCCCAGCGAAGUCGUUAACCUCUCUGUAGUCUUUGAUAUCGCUGCAAAAAGCGGGGGGAAAGGGAAAGAAACGCGGAAAAAAAAAGAGAAGCAACGGCUGCACUUAACUGCAAGUUUUAGGGGUGCAGGCGGAGGCUAAGUCCGAAGAUGUCGGGCGCAAACCGUACCCAAGCCAGCGAGCUCCACAACCAAGAGAACAUGCAGACGAGACUGCGUGCCUCGCUGAAGCAGCGACCCGAGGACAAGGAGAACGUCCCGCCGCAGCUGGCGGCCCCGAGGACGGUGCUGGGGUCUCUGCAGACCAACCAGACGAGUAAAAGUCAGAGCCUGCGCGCCCUCAAGCAGGAAUCCUCACAGUCCCUGGCCUCUAAAAACGAAGACUUCUCCAAAGGCUCCAAGCCGUCCGCCUUCCAGAUCCACGUGGACCAGCCCUCCGACGCGGCCGUCAAGAAGCAGUGCAGUGACACCGCCGCCGCCCCCGUCAAGGUUCAGGAGCUCCCCGAGGACUCUCCGCUAAAGAUAGACCAUGCCGUCGCCCGUCUGCGCCAGCCGCUGGCCACGCUCGACAUCCCGGGGGCGGCCAUGGACAUCAGUUUUGGCUCUCCUAUGGACAUGUCUGUGAUCGAGGGCGAGGAGAAGACCUUCAAUGUCACGGAGGUGCCCGAAUACGCCGCGGAGAUUCACACCUAUUUGAGGGAAAUGGAGGUCAAGUGCCAGCCCCGAUCGGGCUACAUGCGAAAGCAGCCCGACAUCACCAACAGCAUGCGGGCCAUCCUGGUGGACUGGCUGGUGGAGGUGGGCGAGGAGUACAAGCUCCAGAGCGAGACCCUCUACCUGGCCGUCAAUUACAUCGACCGCUUCCUGUCGUCCAUGUCGGUGCUGCGCGGCAAGUUGCAGCUGGUGGGCACCGCUGCCAUGCUGCUGGCCUCCAAAUUCGAGGAGAUCUACCCUCCGGAGGUGUCCGAGUUCGUCUACAUAACAGACGACACCUACACGAAGAAGCAGGUGUUGAGGAUGGAACAACUGGUGCUUAAAGUGCUCUCCUUUGACCUGGCGGCGCCCACCAUCAACCAGUUCCUCACUCAGUACUUCCUGCACCAUGUGGCCACCAAGGAAGUGGAGAGCCUCGCCAUGUAUCUUGGUGAGCUCAGCCUGGUGGAUUCGGACCCCUUCCUGAAGUAUCUUCCUUCCCAGACUGCCGCCGCCGCCUACAUCCUGGCCAACGCCACCAUCACUGGUGCAUCAUGGCCCAAAUCUCUGGCGGAGAAGACGGGCUACACUCUGAGCCAGCUGAGGCCGUGUCUGGAGGAUCUUCACAGGAUGUACCUGAACGCACCGCAGCAUGCUCAGCAGUCAGUCAGGGAGAAGUACAAGACUUCAAAGCAUCAUGAAGUUUCUGCCAUUGAGCCUCCAACCACUCUACAGUUUGACUGAACUUUUUUUUUUUUUUUUUGUACUUCCUGUCACUUGUCUUUUUUUCCUUGUGGCCUUAUCUUGAAGUACCAGAUUAUUAUUUUUUUUUUUUUAAUGUAAAAUCCCCUGAUCAGUGUUUUAAUGUAGUUUUAAAAUCAGACCAGUGUAAAUACAAGCAGUUUCCCAACUCCAUUGUUAGUUUUUAUGCUCAAGCAGUUAUAAUUGCUGGGUUCCCCCCCAAAUUCAAGUUGGCUGUUUUUAAAGCAUGUUGCUUUUACGCAUUAAACUGUAUAUCCGUCAUGGAGUUGGUUGUCGUUACAUGUGGGUAGCCCGACAAGUUAGUCGGGUCAUCUUGCAGCACUGUAAAAUAAGGCUCUUGUAAAUAAAAUCUACUUUAAAUCUCA